AGUUAGAGAGAGGAAGAGAGAGGAAAGAGAGGCAAAGGAGGGUGGGAGAGAAAGAGAGAGAGGUGUUUGACUGUUCAGAGUUUGUUUGAUUCGUUUGCUUCCUUCAAACGUUUCAAAUCUUCCUCUUCUUUGGUUCUACAUUUACUUAUUUAUACACACAUAAACAUAUUAUUACUUACUUUUACAUUUACAAAUUACACGUCUCUCUCUCUCUCUCUCUCACUCUGUGUUAUAUUAUAUGUGUUUAUAUAUAUAUAUAUAUAUAUCUCCCUCUCGCAGAGACUAGUUCGUGUUUUGUAAUUUCGUUACGCUUUUGGGUUUCAUUGGAAUCCAAUAUUCAACCCAGCACGUAACUCAACACAAAUAUAUAUUAUCCGAACAAAUCAAGUAUUAUCGAAAUUCGGAAGAGAAAUAAAUCGGUAUAUAUCUAUAUUGUAUUUGUCGAUGGUGACUUUGAGUAUUAGAAAUAAUAAUAGGAUCACCAAGAAGGAGGAAGAAGAAGAUCCGGGGGUGCAGAAGAAGAAAACCAUACAGGGAAUGCAACUGGGGAAAUAUCAGGUGGGAAGGACCCUUGGAGAAGGAAACUUCGGGAAAGUGAAGCUCGCUCAGGACAUUCAAUCUGGAAAGCCUUACGCCGUUAAGAUCAUCGAGAAGAACAGAAUCAUCAGUCUCAACAUCACCGAUCAGAUUAAGAGAGAGAUUGGCACUCUCAAGCUCCUCAAACAUCCUAAUAUCGUCAGAUUACAUGAGGUUUUGGCAAGCAAAACCAAGAUUUACAUGGUCUUAGAAUACGUCACCGGUGGAGAACUCUUUGAUAGAAUUGCAUCUAAGGGCAAGCUAACAGAAGCUCAAGGCAGGAAGCUCUUCCAACAGUUGAUUGAUGGCGUGAGCUGCUGCCAUAAUAAGGGUGUCUUCCAUCGCGAUCUCAAGCUUGAGAAUGUUCUUGUUGACGCUAAAGGGAACAUAAAGAUUUCUGACUUUGGCCUCAGUGCAUUGCCGCAGCAUUUCAGAGAUGAUGGUUUAUUGCAUACAACUUGUGGAAGUCCCAACUAUGUUGCUCCAGAGAUCCUCGUGAACAGAGGAUAUGACGGUGCCGCCUCGGAUAUAUGGUCGUGCGGUGUCAUAUUGUAUGUAAUUCUUACAGGAUAUCUUCCAUUUGACGAUAGAAAUCUCGCAGUUCUCUAUCAAAAGAUAUUGAAGGGAGAUACUCAGAUACCAAAAUGGCUCUCACCUGGCGCGCAGAACAUGAUAAGGAGAAUUCUGGAUCCCAACCCCGUGAAGCGGAUAACAAUGGCAGACAUCAAAUCGGACGAUUGGUUUAAGCAGGGUUACAUUCCUGCAAACCCCGAGGAGGAAGAAGAUAUCAACAACAUUGGCGAUAACGCCUUCUCACUUCAUGAAGUGGUACCCGAAGAAGCGGAGAAGAAUUCAGACUCGCCUGUACUAAUCAAUGCCUUUCAACUGAUUGGAAUGUCCUCAUGCCUAGACCUCUCAGGUUUCUUUGAGAAGGAGGAUGUUUCCGAGAGAAAGAUCAGGUUCACAUCCAACCAUUCUGCAAAAGAGUUGAUCGAGAGGAUUGAGGAGAUUGUAACGGAGAUGGGGUUUUGUGUUCAAAAGAAAAAUGGAAGGUUGAAAGUGACGCAAGAGCACAAGGGGCAAAAAAGUCCUGGUAGUCUCUCCGUUGCGGCGGAGGUGUUCGAGAUUAGCCAUUCUUUGUAUGUAGUUGAAUUAAGGAAAUCAUAUGGAGAUGCGUCGGUUUACAGACAGUUGUGUAAGAGGCUAUCCAAUGACUUGGGUGUUCCCUCAAGCCAAGAGCUGUUAACCACACAAGUUUGAGCUUUUGCAGCCUUUUCUCAAGUCAAAGGAAUACUGGAUAUACUCCUCGUACUAUAGAAAUUCAGCUCCUUUAAAUUGAUUCUUUUUUCUUUUUUUUUUAAAGUGUAUUAUUUGGUUUAUUCUGGGAUUACUACAUUAGGCAUAUAUAAAACAUAUUAAUGCCACACGAAAAAUAGUGAAGAAUCGAAGGGUUGCAGUGGCAAGGGUUGUAUAGAGUAGAAAGGCAGUGUAUACGCUUUUUCUUCUUGGUUUAUUACUUCUCUCUCUGUUAUUAAAUUCAUCACCGCAUCUCAAUAAGUAUUUAUUUAUUUGUUUA